GCAGCUCGCGCCGCAGGCCGAGGCGCUCGCGCGCUGUCUCGAGGCUCCCCAGUCCCGCGCGCGCGCGCGCAGCGGGACCCGACGCCCCGUGCGGGCCAUGGCCGCGUGUAGGGACCGCGUCCGCCUCCCGGGCGCCGGGGAGAAGGGCGCCUCCAACGGGGAGAUCGGCCCGCCGGACGCCGGCCACGGGACCCUCUUCCCCGCGCCGGGCUCCCCCUCCCGGGCCGCCCGCGCGCGGGGCUGCCUGCGCGCCCACCUGCUGGUGCUGCUGACCGUGGCCGGGGUGCUGGCCGGCGUGGCCGUGGGGCUCGGCGUGCGGCAGGUGCCGGGCGGGCUGAGCCGCGCCGGGGUCCUCGCCUUCUCCUUCCCCGGCGAGCUGCUGCUGCGCCUGCUGAAGAUGAUCAUCCUGCCGCUCGUGGUCUGCAGCCUGGUGUCCGGCGCCGCCAGCCUGGACCCCGCCGCCCUGGGCCGCCUGGGGGGCUGGGCCAUGCUCUUCUUCCUGCUCACCACGCUGCUGGCCUCGGCCCUCGGGGUCAGCCUGGCCUUCAUCAUCCGGCCCGGCCAGGGGGCCGCGCCGCCCAGCCUCGGGGGCGAGGGGGGCGGCGCCGUGCCCGAGGCCAAGGAGGUGGCGGACUCCUUCCUGGAUCUCAUCCGGAACAUCUUCCCUUCCAACCUGGUGUCGGCGGCGUUCCGCUCGUAUGCUACCCACUACAAGCUAGUGGUGAUCAGAAAGAAUGUCACCGAUGAGCUGGGAGUCUUCAAUGAAACCAUCACAGAGGAGAAGGUUCCCCUGGGAGAUGAGGUGGAAGGGAUGAACAUCCUGGGUUUGGUGGUUUUUGCCAUCGUCUUUGGGAUCGCUCUGCGGAAGCUUGGGCCCGAGGGGGAGAACCUGAUAAAGUUCUUCAACUCCUUCAAUGAAGCCACCAUGGUGCUGGUCGCCUGGAUCAUGUGGUACGCCCCCCUUGGUAUCAUGUUCCUGGUGGCUGGCAAGAUUGUGGAGAUGGAGGACGUGGUGGUCCUCUUCACCAGCCUGGGCAAGUACAUCUGCUGCUGCGUCUUAGGGCACUUCAUCCACGGCUUCAUCCUCCUCCCAGUUAUCUACUUCAUCUUCACACGCAAGAACCCCUACAGGUUCCUCUGGGGCAUCUUCACAGCGCUGGCCACUGCCUUCGGCACCUCCUCCAGCUCUGCCACGCUGCCGCUGAUGAUGAAGUGCGUUGAGGAGAACAACGGCGUCUCCAAACACAUCAGCCGCUUCAUCCUGCCCAUCGGGGCCACGGUCAACAUGGACGGGGCCGCCCUCUUCCAGUGCGUUGCGGCCGUCUUCAUCGCCCAGCUGAACAACAUCCCACUCAACUUCAUCCAGGUCAUCACCAUCCUUGUUACAGCUACAGCCUCCAGCGUGGGGGCAGCGGGGAUCCCUGCCGGUGGCGUCCUCACCCUCGCCAUCAUCCUGGAAGCCGUUGGGCUGCCGACCAACGACAUCUCCCUCAUCCUGGCUGUGGACUGGCUCGUGGACCGCACCUGCACCGUCCUCAACGUGGAAGGAGACGCCUUUGGAGCCGGCCUCCUGCAGGUGUACACAGAGAGGACAAUGGGGAAGGCUGAAGCCGAGGAGCUGGUGGAGAUCAAGACUGAGGACUUGGGCCCCAGCAAGGUUCCGGGCGAGGAGGAAGGCUCCCCACUGAUCAAGAGAGACGGGCCCGUCCCGCUGGCUGCCGCUGGCUCCUGCGAGAAGGAGUCUGUGAUGUAAUCGGCGCCCGGAGCGUGGUCCUGGUCGGAGACUUUUCCUUUUUUUAGGGUUCCUUUUUAAAGAUGUGUCAAUCAGAGCAGAAACGGCCACUUCUGGUUUUCUUAAACCUUGAAUCUCCUGGGCCGAGGCAAUCUCUGUGAGGGGGCUGAUUAGCUCAAGACAAUCCGACAACUUUCUAGAGUGACCCCCUGACACCACCCAUCUGACUUGUGUUGAGGGUGCCGGAAUCUAGGCUGGGCUCCCAGCCCCAUCUCUUAUUCCUUUUCUAUGUCAAUCCCAUUCUCCUGACGCUGGCUGCAGCCUGUGCUGGGUCAGAGGCCUCUUGAAUCACUCCUUGCCUCUGACCUUCUGAGGUCUGCCCUCCCGCCCCUGCUCUCUUCCUGUUAAUUUUCUGGACCAAGCAAGCACCAGAACUGACCUCCUUGCGCUUUAAAUGUACUUAAGCAUCUGGCGUUUCUCGAACUACCGGUAACGCCACUUUCCGUUGUGCGCUCAGCUGCUCGAGUGGAGGCCGGCUGGCUCGCGGGCCCUUCCUGACCUCUGACCUCUCCUUGCCUGAAAGACUUGAUAUUCUAGCUCCUCCAGAGCUCCGGCUGGGGGUCCCUGGAAGAGAUCCCCCCCGCAUUCUCUCCAUGUGGCUACAACUUGGUUGUGAAACAGCUUGUGCCUUUGUCCGUGUGGCUGUGGUCCAGUCCUGUCUGUCACGCCGGUCCCGGAGGAGCCGGCGCUGACGUUGGUGUGGAGUCAUGUGUCUGUGUCCCACGGUCUCUUGGUGUCCCGAGAAACUGGUUGCUCCAGCCAGGCUGACGUAAUUUAUUUUGCUAUUUAAAUGAUACAAGUGAGUUGGUCUCUCCAGAUUAGAGGGGAGGGAGCCCUUAGACAGCACCAAUGGACUGUAGGCUGCACGUGGCAUCUACCAUCAAAAGGGAACGGGACAGAUCCUGGACUGAUGGGGAAGCCUGUACGUCAACACCCACGCUAGGCAUUGCCUUAAUUAUUUGACUCCAAGCCCUGGUUCUUGGGCUGGACACUCCAGCCAAGGGUUACAGCUCAGUGCUGAUGUGUCAACCCUCUGGCUCUUCAGCAUAACCUCGGACAGGCUGUGGUUCCUCUGGCCUCAUUCACUCCUCAGCCUUCUAGACCCAAAUCCUGCAGGGCUGUUCCGAUGCCAGCUGGAAUCUGCUGCUCUCCCCUGUGCCACGACCAGCCAUGGGAGGCUCUGAUCUGGAGCUGUUCUUGGAGGCGAAUGGCUUGUUCUGUUCCGUUCCCCAGCAAGCCGUUCUGGGAGCUAUCAGGCCCUGGUAGCGCUUAAGUUAUUGACUUCACCCACAGCCUCAGUCCGGUGGGUUGGUCCGUUUGAAUCUCUGCUGUAUUUUCCCCAGAGACUUUGGGGUGAGGAAUCACGAGGGAGGGUUGGGUUUGCUCUUGGCAUCAAGGUCCGACCCCGUUUUAAACAGAUGGGGGGCAGGCUGGGAGCAGAUGCCAGGCCCCUCGGUAGAUCUGACAGGGGAGGGUGUUUGCUGUACUGGCCGGAUCUUGGAUGUGAUUGCCCGCUCUGCUGGUCCAUGUGCUGUUACUGACCCGGGGUCUCUGGCGGAUUCCCGCCUAGGCCAGGGGAGGAGCGUUUCAUUACUCAAGCUGGCUCUUUAACGCUGGUUUUACUUGGGCUUUUGAAGGCCCUUCGUUUGCCCUCUAAGGAUUCAGGCUGAGUUGAGGGUUCAAUGGGGGGUGUUGAGAGAACCGAGGCGUUCCUGGGAGAUGCCGGGGCUGCCUGCUGUGCCCUGUCGGCCCGCAGGCUGCGGUUCUCUGCCAAACCUAGGCUGGUGCUGCCCACCGUCCUCUGGGCGGCCUCCCUUCUCUGAAGAAAUCUGAGCGGCUAAGCAGGCAGCCUGGCCUGUGGGGGAGUCGCACACCGUCCACCAGGGUCUGGUUCCUGUUGGCAGCCCCAGGCAGCCUUGCUUCCACCCAGGGGGCUCCUGCCACCAGACAAACAUCUGGGCAGCUGCUGCAGAUGAGUGCUCACCCCCUCGUGCCCGGCCCCUAGAGUGCCGAGCCGCUCGCUGGAGAGAACAAGCCCCGGCUGAUCCCCGUGUGAACUCCCUUUGCUGGGGGGGGAUAUUUUUAAUGCUGUUUUCGCUGCUGGGGACAUUGGCACGAAACAGGCGCUUCAGGGCAUUUAGUGGCCUUGUGCCAAGUGUUCCUCUGGCAGCCGUCUCCAUGGCAACCAGGAUCAUUACUCCAGGUGAGGGAAGAAACCGGAGCCGCGGGUGAGCCAGCUCUAGAGAGACAAGCUGUACUGCCGGUAGCGCGGCUGUCUUUGGGCUGUAGCCUGGGCCUCUUGACCUCUGCCAUAGCUUCACGGUGACCUUCAGCCAGUCUCCUUCCCUCAGGGGAGGCAGAUAACCUGGGUUUUAGCCCAGCCACCUACAAAGCCCUCUGGCCCAGUUUGCUCUAAGGUUGGGCCAGCUAGCACAGCUGUUGGGUAUCUGUUGCUAGUCCUCCAAGGCUGCCCACAAUUCCCCCCGAAGGAUAGACCCAUUCUGCAGUUGCCUUGGAAAUAAUCCUAGGGCAUCCCAGCUCCAAGAACCAGCGGCUAUGCCCCCAGAUCCAGGGUCGGAUCCAGCCCGCAGUAACACAGGUAGGGCUUUGCAGGGGCAUGCUCCCACCUGGGCUGGCCUGCGCCAGCUGCCUCUCACCAGCGUGACCUGGGCAGAGACUCCAUCCCCUUUGUUCCAGAAGGGGGGUGAGAAAAGGCUCAAUAUGGGGGAUAACUGAAUCCUGAGGGUGGUGAUUUGAGGGGCAUCCCCCACUGGGGUCUGAGCCUUGCUUAGGCCCUGUAGCUGCUACGGUGAUAUAGCACUCCUCAACACAGCCCCAUCUGCAGGCUUGGGUCCCACACUGGUCAGUACUAACCCUGGAUUUCAGGGGAUCUUUGCCAUCCCAGUCCCGGGGAGAGGGAAGCACAAUUUGAAGCAAGAGUAACUGUAGUGGCAGCUCCGUGAUUCUCAGGCAGACUCUGCUGGGGGGACUGCAGGUCUCCUCAUCUAUUGGGCUUGAAAGCCAGCCCUGGCCCCUAUCCCUGGAGACAAGAAUUUCCAUCUCCAGAAGGUACCUGCAUGUAGGAGCAGCGGAAUGUGGUUUACAUGGGCCACAGAUCAGUGCCUGUGGGUUUAGGAAGGUUGGGUACAGGUCUGUCUGAAUCUGCUUCAGCCUUUUGGAAACAUGAACAAAUCCCUAGACUGGUCUUUGGGCUGAGAUCUCCCCACUGCCCCUGAGACGGAAGGGGACGGGGAUGCAGGGGCAAGUUCAAAGUACACAAUGCCAAAGGAAUUGCUGGUAGGAGCCCUGCAGGGGCAGUGCUGCUCUCAAGGGCGCUCGGGGGGGGUGGUGGCAGUGUCUGUCCUCAAUGCUGCAAUGACUGUAACUCUAAACUAUGUCUAGUCUUGACUGUGUAAACAAUAAAACAAGACUGUCCACA